AUGAAGAUGAUCAGGGAACUGAGUGUGAUGUUUAUGGUCACUCUUCUAACCAUAGUGUGUGACUCACAACUGAAUGUGUGUGGUAGAGCCCCUCUCAACUCAAGGAUAGUAGGGGGAAAGGAGGCUCCAUCUGGUGCGUGGCCAUGGCAGGUCAGUCUUCACUCGGAUGACAGUCAUUUCUGUGGUGGAUCCCUAAUCAACAGAGAAUGGGUUCUGACAGCAGCUCACUGCUUUCCAGGUAACCCUGAUCCUUCAGACUUUACUGUGUAUCUGGGCAGAAAGAGUCAAGAGAAACCCAAUCAAAACGAGGUGUCCAGAUCCAUCUCUCAAAUCAUAAUUCAUCCCUCAUACAAUACGGCUUCAAAUGACAAUGACAUCACACUGCUGAAGCUCUCCUCACCUGUGGCUUUCAGUAAAUACAUCAAACCAGUCUGCCUUGCAGCAGCAGACAGCACAUUCAACAAUGGCACUGGGACCUGGGUUACUGGAUGGGGGGCCAUCAACUCAGAUGGUAAGGGGAGCCAAAACCUACAGGAGGUAAAAUUGCCAAUAGUUGGAAACAGGAAGUGUAACUGCCUUUAUGAUGGACAGAUAACCCAGAACAUGAUGUGUGCUGGACUGUUGGAGGGUGGAAAAGAUUCAUGCCAGGGUGACUCUGGAGGUCCAAUGGUCAUCAAAAAGGGCUCUAUUUGGAUUCAGGCUGGUGUUGUAAGUUUUGGUCAAGGUUGUGCUUUGUCUGAAUACCCUGGUGUGUAUGCCAGAGUUUCCCGCUACCAGAGGUGGAUCAACAAACAUAUCAGAAAAAAUCAGCCAGGUUUCGUCAGCUUCAAGACCAAAUCCCCUGAUCCUGACCAGACUGUGACUUGUCAAAAAUGA